AUCCCAGAAAACCAAUAGAAAUCUAACCCCAUUCCACCGAAAACAUGAAAACCCUAGAUUUUUUUCCCCACAAUUUUCGUGUCUUUCUCGCUGAUUUUACCGUCUGAGAAUCACAACCCAUAUAUAUACAUACGCACAUAUAUAUAUAUAUAUAUAAUAUACAUACACACAUAUAUAUAUAUAUUGAUUCUCGUAAAAGGAAAGUCUGAUUUCUUUGUAUGGACUAAGAAGAAUCUCCACAGAUCUGAUUCUGAAAGUUGAAGACAAGUUGAACUUUGUCAAACAUAUUUGAUGGAUGAUGAUUGUACAGAUGGAUAAAAUGUCUGCUCCUUCAUCAUGGGAGCUUGCUCAACGUUUUUAUGAAAAGAAUGUUGAGUUGGAGAAUAGGCGCCGUAGGUCAGCCCAGGCUAGAGUUCCCUCAGAUCCAAAUGCCUGGCAGCAGAUGCGUGAGAACUAUGAAGCAAUAAUUCUUGAGGAUCAUACUUUUUCCGAACAGCACAAUAUUGAAUAUGCUUUAUGGCAGUUACAUUACCGGCGAAUUGAGGAAUUCAGAGCACACUUGAGUGCUGCCCUAGCUUCUGCUGGCUCGACAACGUCGCAGGGUGGAAAGGGCCCUGUUCGACCUGAUCGAAUUACCAAAAUACGCCUGCAAUUUAAAACGUUUCUUUCAGAAGCAACUGGAUUUUAUCAUGAUCUAAUUUUGAAAAUUAGAGCUAAAUAUGGGCUUCCUCUAGGUUACUUCUCUGAGGAUUCGGGGAAUCAAAUUGUUCUGGAGAAAGAUGGGAAGAGAUCUGCUGAGACGAAGAAGGGUUUGGUAUCCUGUCACCGUUGUUUGAUAUACCUGGGUGACCUUGCACGUUACAAAGGACUGUAUGGGGAAGGUGACUCCAAAAGUCGUGAUUAUGCCGCAGCUUCAAGUUACUACCUGCAAGCUGCAUGCCUUUGGCCAUCCAGUGGCAACCCCCAUCAUCAGCUUGCCAUACUGGCUACUUAUUCUGGUGAUGAAUUUGUCGCUGUUUACCGUUACUUUCGGAGUCUGGCAGUGGAAAAUCCCUUUUCAACUGCAAGGGAUAACUUGAUUGUUGCGUUUGAGAAGAAUCGUCAGAGUUACUCUCAGCUGCAUGGGGAUGCUAAAGCUUCUGCUACGAAUGGAUCAUCUGGACGGACGACUGCCAAAGGAAGAGGGAAAUCAGAAGCAAAACUUCGACCUAAGGAUGCCAACAUCGAUUCUCGUCUUGUAGGGGAAAAAGCAGUCAGUAACCAUGAGAUAUAUAAAGUGUUUUGCGUUCGAUUUGUUCGUCUAAAUGGCAUUCUUUUCACUCGCACAAGCUUGGAGACAUUUGCAGAAGUUCUUUUACUGGUUAGCAGUGCUCUGCAUGAGCUUCUUUCUUCUGGGCCAGAAGAGGAAUUGAAUUUCGGCACAGAUCCUGCUGAGAAUGGACUUACAAUAGUUAAGCUUAUUUCCAUCCUUAUAUUCACUGUUCAUAAUGUGAAUAGGGAGGCUGAAGGUCAGACCUAUGCAGAUAUCGUACAACGUACAGUUCUGCUUCAGAAUGCACUUGCUGCAGUUUUUGAGUUACUGGGACAAAUUCUGAGAAGAUGCAUUCAGUUGCGUGAUUCUUCUUCAAGUUGUCUCUUACCUGGUAUUAUGGUGUUUCUGGAAUGGUUGGCUUGUUGUCCUGAUGUUGCAGCGGGUGGUGACACAGACGAUAAACAAGCGACUGUUAGAUCAAAAUUUUGGAAUGACUGCAUAUCUUUUUUAAAUAAGCUCUUGUCAAAUGGGUUGGUCUCCAUAGAUGAUGAAGAUGAGACCUGCUUUUUUAAUAUGAGUCGGUAUGAAGAAGGGGAAACUGAAAACCGGCUUGCUUUGUGGGAGGACUUUGAGUUGAGAGGAUUCGUGCCCCUUCAACCUGCACAAACCAUUUUGGAUUUUUCAAGGAAACAUUCCUCUGGAGGCGAGGGCAAGAAGGAGCAAAGUGCUCGUGUCAAAAGGAUUUUAGCUGCAGGAAAGGCCCUAGCAAAUGUAGUUAGGGUUGACCAGAAAACAUUAUUUUUUGAUUUGAAGUUGAAAAAGUUUGUUAUCGGUGUUGAGCCUCAAACCUCAGAUGAUUUCAUGCUCACAUCCUUUUCAGGAAGUCCUGAAUCAGUUAGUAGGAUUCAAGACUUUCCAACUGAUCCAAUGAUGAAUUCAGGAGCUGUGCAGCCAAAGGUGCAGCUGUACAUGGAAGGGGAAGAUGAGGAUGAGGAGAUUGUUUUCAAGCCGACGGUCACUGAGAAGCGGAGUGAUGUGAUUGCUUCAAAAUUGACCCAUUACAAGGGCCCAGAGCCUGUCCAGGAUGCAUUUGCAGGUGAUUCUCAGUUUUUUGGUGGUUCUAUGUUAACUUCUCACAGUAAUCUUUGCCACCAAUCUGCUUUUUGUGCCAAUUCACAACAGUCCUUGUGUUCUGCGUCUGUUGCAAAUAUUGUCCCGCAGCAUCUGCAACCGAUUCAUUCACACUCCUCAAUGUGGUUUUUGGAUCAGCAAACUUCUCUUGCCAACGAGUCAAAAGAUUUCACCAUCUCUGAGAAUGGGUAUUCAAUGAAACCUGGGAUUCAGGAAGAUUUAGGCAUUUCACAGGCUCAUUCACUUUCACUUCUCCCCCAACAAUCUGCCAAUAUCUAUGCAAACGAUUCAUCUUGCAUUCAGGGAAAAGCUUCAGAAACUGUGAUACAGUCCAAUUUUGAUUUUAUUGCCUCUUCUGGAGUUGAUUUGGGUAGUUUGGCUGCAAAGACAUCAUCGGCUUUACCCGCAAAUUCGAGAAAGAGUGCAGUGACUCGACCUGUUAGGCACCGUGGACCACCCCCGGGUUUUAGCCAUGUUCCUCCUAAACAAGUUAGUGAGUCAUUUUCUGUCACAGAUUUGACUGGUGAGAAUCCAUUAAUGGAUGACUAUAGCUGGUUGGAUGGAUAUGAGUUGUCAUCAUCAAUGAAAGGCUUAGGGCUUAAUCAGUCCAUUCAUCAGCCAUCACGUUCAAGCCCCCAGUAUAUUAGCGAAGGCAAUGGGUCUGUGGAGACAAUUACCUUCCCAUUUCCUGGAAAACUAGUUCCAACUGUGCAGUUCCCAGUGGAAAAACAGCAAGGUUGGCAGGAUCACAAGCCUCUAGAACAUCUAAAUCCACACCAUGAUCAGCUACAGGAACAGCACAUCAUGAAAGGAAGCCAGCAGUUUAUUCCGCCAGAGAAGUACCAAGGACAGUCCAUCUGGGCAGGUCGAUAUUUCGUGUGAAUCAUUAUGAGAACGCCAUAUGGUCCUUGAGAUUGAUUAUGGAGGAUGUCAUGCAUCCUGAUGCCACCAUAUUCGUACUCCAACUUUGCGGCUUCAAUACUUUUAUUGUGUUUUUGUUGGAGCAUCACGAUGUUGGCUUAUUGCAGGCACUUGCUAGUUACCAAAAGCGUGAGCUUUCCAGCCCGGAGGAGGAGAGAUAGUGAAACAUCAUAUUGUGCGCGGUUUGUGAGAAAAUACUUCGUUGGCUACUCAGGCUUGUGCAUUUAGAAUGUGUCAAUAAAUUCACCAAUUGGUAUUGGGAUCUCUGUCCUGAGUUUGGUGGAACAAAGAUGGUGUACACACUAUUCUAUCAAAUUAUGAUAAGAGUAUAGCUGUCGGAUAUAAUGUGGCCAAUUCCUUCAACGCUGUUACCGUCGUCAUCAGCUGGGAGCUGAAAUUAUGUAAUGCCGCCUGACUCGUUUUCUGCUAGCUAUUACAUCAUCAACUGGAAAUUGAUAAUAGAUGAUGUUACCGGAUUGGUUUUAUGCCAGAAAGCUUCAGUGUUCAAUGUCUGGUUAAGGUCGCUACGGUUGAGUUUGUUUAUCAUGGGGUGAAUGGCUAUGUAUGAUGGUAAUGGGUAUGAGGAGUUGGUGUAUUUAGUUAAAUUUUAGAGUCUGAUAUGUAUGGUCAUUGCGUAUGCAUUAACGACUUUUGGAUGCAUGGUUAUGCUUUAGCAGGUAUAAUGACUGUUAUACACAAUAGUGUGCCUUUUCUGGGUUGAAUAAUAAAAUAAAUACCUAUGUUGGAUAUA